UGUGUUGUGUUGACAAUUUUGCAGGGGUAGACCCCUUGGAUGAUCGACAAUAUUAGGCGUAAAUUUUACCAUUCAGUUCACCAGGGAUGGCAAGCAGUGCUGCAGUACUAGAAGGGGGAGGGAUUCUACAACACGAACCACUCCAAUGUCUGCAGGAAUACCGCCUCCUCGUCCCAGAAGUGGGUGUUGGGAACAGCAGGCUUCAUGUUGCAGCCAGGCUAGGUCGACAUGAUAUGAUAGCAGAGGCCGUUGCGAUGGGGGAAAUGGUGAACGUUUGCAACUUCGACGGUGUAACCCCGCUGCACGAAGCAUGUGCAUGGGGGCAAACAGAGUGUGCGCUCACCCUCUUGCUUGCAGGAGCAGAUGUUAAUGCCAGAAAUAUAGAUGCCGCCACCCCGCUCUGUGAUGCCAGUUCCCGUGGUAGUAUAGACUGUGUACGACUUCUUCUAGAGAGAGGGGCCAGUAUCAACCCCUGGGCUGUCAAUGUGUCCCCUUUACAUGAAGCUAUGCUGGCAGGUCGCUGGGAGGUGGCAUUAAUACUGAUAGCAGCAGGGGCUGAGUUAGAGAAAAUGGACUGUCAUUUUGGAACCCCACUUCAUGUUGCUGCUUCAUUGGGAGAUGUCAACUCAGUCAAAGUUCUAUUAAACUCAGGUGCUAACGUUAACGCCACCAAGAUUAACGAAACAGCCUUACACAUGGCAGCUAGAAAGAACGACGUCACACUUAUCUCUCUUCUCCUAGAAUAUGGCGCUGACGCAGCCAUGAGAAACAACACAGGGCAGAAGCCUAGGGACUUGCUUGCAACUAGUAAAUCUGACUUCCAAGAGUGUGCUGCCGUAUUUUCCUGGUAUGAAAGCCACCCAAAGACGCUGCUUCAGAUCUGUAGACUUAGCAUACGGCGUUGCUUAGGACUGAAAGGUUUAAGUUGCGUGCAAGAUAUGCACCUUCCUUCACCUCUGAAAACAUAUUUACAGUAUGGACAGUGUGGAUCGAAAAGCACCUGCGUCUACAAAAACUUGACUUGAGAAUAUAGUCCCUGCACAUUCAUCUUACAAUGUAGAUAUCAGGCCUGCAGGCAGCAAUUUCAAAACAGUGGAUCUUUAAAUUCUGAAAAAAUUGACCUUUUUACUCACUUGGUUGGCCCCACUUGAGAAAUUUUAUAGAACCUGAUCAAAUUUUGAUUCAGAGCAGACCUUUUUCACCAGGAAGGUUGGUUCUUUGACCCCCUCCCUAACCCCCCCCCUCAAAUUCCCCAGCCUACAGGCCUAAGUAUCUCCUUACCCUCGGUGUAUUUUGGAUGCACAAGUAUAUAUUUGUUAAGAUUAAAUCACUAAGUCUUAACAGCUGAUGUGAAAAAACUCGUCUCGGUCUGUGAAAGAAACUAUACUAGCCACAUUUUUGCCAAAUAUUUUUGAUUCUUUGAAAAUUCUCAAAUUAGGAUCAGCAUUAGAUGAGCAUUACAUGGAACAUCUCUAUUUGUUGACAAGCACAGCUUGACUAUAACUGCACAUUAUGUGGCACAGACUCUAAACAUUUGGUGUGUAGGCAUUUGCUAGUGGAUUGAAUGUGUUCCUAAAUGGCACUACCUCAGUGAGAUUUAACAAAGAACUUGCCUAUUAUUAUUAUUAUUAUUAUUAUUAUUUUAUUAUUAUUAUUAUUAUUAUUAUUAUCCCAUGUAAGCUGGCUGUUUUUCUCAGUGACAUGGAGCCUGUCUUCUCACAAGUGAACCCAGGGUAUUUUAAAGAAAAAAAUUUUCCUAGCUCGGAUUGGCAAAAGCUUAAAAGGGGAAUAUAUUAUAGACUAAAAUUGUACUCCUUUUGAAAAUAACAGAUAGUAGAUUAUGUAGCUGUUCACAAUAACAACUAAACUGUAUUGGUUUAAUAUACAUUAAUCUUUGUAUCACAUUAUCUUUUUUGAUUAAAUUUACCACUUAUGGAAAGCACAA